AAAACAAUUUUCGAACCACCCCUUCGCCUCAUGAGGAAAAUGCUUAUUCCGGUAAUGAGUAGCUGAUCACUUAUUUGUUUAUAUUUAUCCUGUAAAACGUGCAUUCUUCGAGAUGUUUCUGGUUGGGCUGACAGGCGGUAUUGCUACCGGAAAGAGUUCGGUCGCUGCUAUUUUUCGGGAGCACGGCAUUCCUGUUAUAGAUGCCGAUUUAAUUGCACGAAAAGUUGUCGAACCAGGAAAGCCAGCGUGGUGCAAGAUACAAAAAGAAUUUGGUCCGGAUGUGUUUUUGGAUAACAAAUACUUGGACAGAACGAAACUUGGUGAUUUGAUAUUUAACGAUGUUGAAAAGAGAAAGAAACUAAAUGCCAUUACGCAUCCUGAUAUAUAUAAGGAGAUUUACUGGCAAACCGUUAAAUACUUUCUACAAGGCUAUCCAUUUAUAGUCAUGGACCUGCCAUUGCUUUUUGAAACAGGACAUAUGUUAAAUUACUUGCACAAAAUUAUAGUUGUUACAUGCGAAGAGGAACUGCAGUUACAACGUUUAAUAGAGCGCAGUGGAUUUACAGAAGCUAAGGCAAAACUACGAAUAGCCGCGCAAAUGUCCUUGGAAAAGAAAGCAGAGAUGGCAAAUUUCGUAAUUGAAAAUUCGGGUAAUAUGAGCGAUACUAGGGAACAAACGAUAAAAGUGAUUAAUGUAUUAAAAUACUCUAAGCAUCACUGGAAAUUACGCUUUCUACUCGGUUUUUGUUGUACCAUAUUGUUGGCUGGCGCGUAUUGGUUUAGGAACAGAAGCUCCAGAUCUUUAUCCUCUGCAAUAUAAAAUUAUUUUCCAUUACAAUCAAUCGGUUUAAACGAAUAAACGUUUGUUCCAUUGUAAAUUGUAGUUGCAUGAUAAAAGCGAGUAUAUGUUCAGUUAAAUGUAUACAGCAAGGUUGACAAAAAAAGAAUAGAUCAAAACAUUGAUUUACAAAGUGCAAUCACUUAUUAAAUUAAGUUGGUGUUAUGUACAAAGAUAAAUUUUUACUUGAUGUAUAAAAGAAAAAGUUUUCUUGUGAUUAUAUACAAAUAAUUCAAUUUAUAUACAAAGAAUAACUCUUCUAGUUGUUUAUGUGCUAUAUUUAAUAAAGACAAAGAGAUGUACAAAAUUGUCUCAUAUAUGCAUAUGAAGAUAUAUAAUGUCCAAUGAAAAAAAAAUUUAACAUUACAUCACCAUGCAAUCUAAUGAAAAA